GAACCGCACCCUUUUGCUGAAACUCUUUGAAGCUAAUGUCCCUUACGCCGCUCUCUCUCUCUCUCUAAAACUCACACUCUCUCUCUAAAAGGGCAUGGCUGAGACGUGCAAUGAGGGAUGGUCCUCAUCCAACUCAAAGAUAAAUGCUUUUGAAGAAGACCCACCUUCAAUUCCCCUCUUAAAUUCUUGGCUGCAGGCUGGUUUCUCAAUAGCCAUGUCACAGAUAAUCAGAGAAGUCCCACAAAAACUAUCAAAUAAGAGAGGCGGAAGGCCUUUGAGGCAAUCUAACUCUUGUUAUGGAUCCCCUGUUGAAAACUCUCAAAAAACCAAUCACUCUGACUAUGAUGGUUCUUCUAUUAAUGGGUCUUCUGUAGUUGGGGAAGAGCUUGACUCCAGUGAUCAGACCGAGCCCUUGAAAGAUAAAGGCAACAAUGAGGUACCAGGCCUAGAAGGGAUUUUUAACAGGUUGAAGGAGCUUUCGGCUGGUUUCGAGGAGCUGCAGUUAUCAGAAGAACAAUUAAGAAACAAUGACCGGGAGCAAGAUGAAGAGUUAUUGGCCUUAAAGGCAAUCUACGGGGAGGACGUUUCUGUCUUUCAUAUGGAUGGAGAAAUGCGUGCACUUCAGAUUCAAAUUUGCCUUGAAGCAUCUGAUGACCUCUCCCUCUCUGCGAAACUCCAUUCAACUACUGAGGGAUAUCAGCUUAGAGAGAAUGCCACCACAAGUGACACUAAUAGUUUGAACAUCCUCAAAGUUCAGCAUCUCCCCCCAGUUGUUUUAACUUGCUUAUUGCCUCAAACGUAUCCAAGCCAUCGUCCUCCUCAUUUCGCUAUAUAUGUUCAAUGGUUGGAUUCUUCAAGGAUUUAUGAUCUCUGUUGCAUGCUAGACUCUAUAUGGGGAGACCAACCUGGGCAAGUGGUGGUAUAUCAAUGGGCUGAGUGGCUUCAUGUGUCUUCUCUCCCCCAUUUGGGUUUUGAUAGAGAGGUCACAUUAGGUCCAUAUCCCAUGUUGAAUGCUGGAGAUGGGCGUGCCAUUUCAGGGUGCACCUCACCAGAGGGUGAUAUUUCCUUAUUGAUGAGUUUCAAUCGUGAAAAAUUUUGUAAAUCAUUGCAUACUUGUGCCAUCUGUUUUGGCGAUUAUGUAGGUACAGAGUUCAUCAGAUUACCUUGCCAACACUUCUUCUGCCACAAAUGUAUGAAAAUAUACUCAAACAUGCAUGUGAAAGAAGGGGAAGUGAGCAAGUUAAUCUGCCCUGAUGCAAAAUGCGGAAGUCUUCUCCCUCCUGGACUAUUGAAUCUCUUGUUGAGUGAGGAGGCAUUCAAAAGAUGGGAGUCCUUGUUGCUACAAAAGACUUUAGACACUAUGCCUGAUGUAGAGUAUUGCCCGAGAUGCGGAACUGCUUGCUUAAAAGAUGAGGACAACCAUGUCCAAUGUGCGAUGUCCUUCUUCCGCUUUUGCAGUCUUUGUUGGAAGCGACGUCACAUAGGAACAUCAUGCAUGGAUUACAAGACCAGUAUUUUGAAGGUUCUUAUGCAGGGUGUUAAGCACAGGCGUAAACUGCUCGAAAAGUUCAAUGAGCUUCGCAGUCUUAAGGUGAUACGCCGUAUUGCAAAGCAGUGCCCGUCAUGCAACAUGGCAAUAUCAAAAAUCGAUGGAUGCAAUAAGAUGGUGUGUCGAAAUUGUACGAAAGUUUUCUGUUACAGAUGUAACAAGGCAAUUACUGGAUAUGACCACUUCAGAAAAGGAUCAUGUGCUCUUUACCAAUAGCAAGAAACCCGAGACAUGGAGAACGGGGAUAACACGCACCAUGUGAUUGGUCAGAUAUGGGCCAUGAACUCCCCUCAAUGUAGAUGUCCGUGCCCUACUUCUUGUCAAGUGAAUGCAAAGGUGAGUUGAAAUCAGCAGAAUCGAAGUUUACUUAGUUUAGAAAUUUACAUCUUUUCUUCCUAAAUCUAGAACACAAUGUCAGAUGUUUGAUCGAUAUUGACGAUCUCUCUCUUUUGCCAAUUACUAAUCAAAGAAAAAGAAAAUAAAAUCUUUCUUUUCUUUUGUGAAAGCUGAGGAAGUGAAAAUUUAUCUAUCAAUUGGUUGAAUCAUAUAGGCUAUUUAAAGACUAAAAAGAAUAUGAAAAGUUCUGUCUUGUUUUUCAAACACUGUGGAUGAGAUAUGCACAUACAACUGUCUUUGAAUUAUUCCAUAAAUGGUUCUGGUCUGAACCAGUAAAACUUACUUUACAUGUAUUCUAGCAUUUGAAGUGAGCA